GCCGCUGCGGUGCUGUUGCAGGUGAAGAAGGCGGUGGAGGCCCUCCUGGCCUUCGCCAGAAGCAAGGCCAAGGGAGACGCGCUGCUCCUCAACGAGAGCGAGAACAUCCACCUCCUGGUGACGGUCUGGAAGGUCCCGCGGGUGGCACAGGUUAUCAAAAUUCCACUGCCCCAUGGCAUUCGACCAGAAACAGCUGAAGUUUGCCUGUUCACAAAGGAUGAACCAAAUUUAUCAGCAGAACAGACUGAAAAUCUGUACAGGAAACUUUUAAUCCAGAAUGGGAUCAGAAGUGUUAGCCAGAUCAUCUCAUACAAGACUCUCAAAAAAGAGUAUAAACUCUUUGAAGCAAAGCGUCGCCUCCUGAACAGAUUCGAUCUCUUUCUGUCUGAUGACCGAAUUAGAAGGCUCUUGCCCUCACAUCUAGGAAAACACUUUUAUGAAAGGAAAAAGGUACCUUUAUCUGUAAACCUGAAAGCCAGAAAUCUUGCUAAGGAACUACAAAAACAUAUCCAGGGGACUACGCUCCCGGUUACCAACAAAGGGUGCUGUUAUACAGCACAUAUAGGCCACACUGGGAUGAAAGCUGAUGAGGUACUAGAUAACGUAAUUGCGGCCGCUGAGGUGAUCGCCAAGAAGUUACCAAAGAAUUGGAAAAAUGUAAAAAUUCUUCACCUCAAAACACUUAAAUCAGUUGCACUUCCAAUUUUUACUGCAAACAUCUCCAACUUGGAUGAGCUCGAUAGACAGCCAUCUCUCAAAAAAAGGGAAGUAAAGAAGGGAAAGAACAAGAAACCAAAGAACACAGCUAAAAAACCGAAAUCAAGUCAAGUCGCACUGACAACUGAAGUUAAUGCUGCUGCUGCUACCCAGGAGCUUGCAAUAAAAGAAAAAGCAGAAGUAGUCCGAGAACCAGGUGAUCAGGAUGAUGAAGAAAUUCCACAACUGGUGCCUAUGCAAACAACCAGCGUAGCUGAGCUAAAGAAAAUGGAACCAAGUCCAGAAAAAGGUGACAACCUGGGUGAGAAAACCAAAGCACCCCGUGGUAAGAGAAAGAAACAACCUUUAUCUCUGGAGACUCCAAAACCAAAACAUAAAGUUACAGAAAAGGAUGCAGACUUGCAGACGUCAUCAGAACAGAAAAACGCCAAGCAGCUCAGCAUACUAAAGGAAGCAAUAAAAGAGAUGAAAAAGACUCCCAAAAAGCCUGAAGCAAAGUCUUUUGCAACACCCAAAGCUGGCAAAUCAAUACAGUCAGACAAGAAGUCUUCAAAAACACCAAAGAAAGCACGCAAGAAAGUGCGUAGGCAACAGUCAGCAUGA